CUUCCUGCCUCCACUUCCUCUUCCUCUAGGCAGCCUGGGAGAGUGAGUGAGGAAGCAAGAAAUUGGUAACAAUGGAUCUAAGUGACAACCAGAUUCAGAUCCUCGACAGGGCUUUCAAGUUGUGCCCCUACCCCAGUGAGACCCAGCACGCUGAUCUCGGCCGCGAACUUGGCGUGCAGCCGCAUCAGAUUGAAUUCUGGUUCAAGAACCGCCGUGCCCAGAUGAGCAGGUGUUUGGGGUUGACGGCAUGGCAGGCUAGGGACGAGCAGGUUGACAACCACUUAUCCGACUCGGAGAACGACAAGAUCGACUCGGAAAACGACAAGAUCCACUAAGACAACUUCGCCAUGUGGGUUUGUGGAUUGAGGGCUGAUCCAUUGAUGUAAACUUAGUGAACGCCCUAGGUUUUUUUCUCUUCAAUCUGUUUGUUCCAAAUAACGUGCCAUAGACCUGCCUGCGAGCAGUCCAUGUGUCAGGUUGGGGUCGCUCCCGUUUCUACCGCGUCGUGAACCGAGUCAUGGGAUGGCAUGGCACAUCGGAUCACACGCGAUAAUAGUGGAGUUGUAGAUCAUGCACGCACGACCUGAUUCGUGG